AUGAAUCCAGGUAUAGUGACAAUUCGUGUCGAGUUUAUCGGCGAACAAACCCCUUCUCAUCAGGAGGAAACUCGUGAUGAAGACGAUGGAGAUGAGAGAGGUAUAGUGACAAUUCGUGUCGAGUUGAUUGGCGAACAAAUCCCUUCUCAUCAGGAGGAAACUCGUGAUGAAGACGAUGGAGAUGAGAGAGGUAUGCGAUUUAAUACUUGA